AUGAACUUGGAAUACGAUUCAGAGGAAUCUUUUGCCGUCUUUAACAACCCGAACUUACCCUCUACUUUAGCUUAUAGCACGGAGUUCUUCGGUGAGCUGGUCGACUACGAAGUUCUCUCCGGAAAGAUUGGUCACGAGAUGUUGGACACUAAAGACGUGGUAGUCUGGUCUUUGGAAGGGCUAGGUUACACAAACGACGCGCCGAUUGUUUACGCCGAUGGCCGAAUCAACGACCAGGCGCACCCGCCGGACUACUACGCAUACAGCCCGCUCGCAGACAAUUGGGAGGAAGGCUUGUGGGAGAUUGAAGAUUUUGAUUGGUCGAAUGGUAAAGAGGGCGAGCAGAAACCUGGUACAUCGGAUAGCGAAGUUCAUGAUGAGGAAGGAUUUGACAGUAUUGCUGGCACGUUGUGCCCAAUCGGUCAAGACAAAGACCGUGAUCUCUUCAAUGGCGACGCUGCGCACGUACGUGAAAGAACACACUUAUCAAACGACCGACCAGAAGAUCGAGCUUUCGACUCAGAGGACCUGCCAUUAGUGAACAAUAUCGCGCCUGUCACCGAAGUCACCGAGACUGUUGUGUCGCUCUCACCUGCCGAGCAUGUUGAAUUGGAUUCGCGUAUCGACGAUGGAAAACAUGCUGCGGUUCAAGAUUACAUGGACAUUGACGGUGUAUCGAUCGCCGCUGCCGCUAGAUGUGGUGAUAUCAGUUCUAAGAUUGAAGGCGGGAUGACUACAGAUCAAGGGACAGUUAUGAUGCCUGAGCCGGCGGCCUAUCAAGAAAAGCAUUUUGCAGGUGGCAUCGCGGCCGAGGCGGAACCUUGUGUCAGCUUAAACCACAACGACGGGGUCAAGGCCUCAUCUGUUCUUCAUUUGCCAGCUUCCCCAUACCACAGUAUCCGCACCGUACACGAAUCAGACUUGGUGAUUCCCGCGCAAACCGCCAAGGCUCCUGACGUACCAAAGAGAGACACACAGAUCAGUGAUGCGACAGAAAGUGGAUCUGAACAUACGACUGUCAGUCAAGCCACUCCUUCGGCGCUGAACGACGGCUAUUUAACUGGUUCACCAGUAUCUCCUGAGGUACUAUCGCGGAGGGAAGAGAACGUUGAUGGGCCUAGGGAAACGCAGCUACAAGAUGCAGCUGACAACAUAUCUCCCGUUGGUCUUGCCGAGCUUUUGCCAUCGGAAUACCGUGAUCACAACGUUCACUCCGUCAAACCAUCUCCGGAGAUCAUCAGUGACCAGGUAUCUGCGCGACACAGUUCACAGCUGAAGGCACCGUUACCAGCCCAGCAAUUCAAGGAAAGAGCGUCUCUGCCGCCACUACCCUUCGCGUCUCAACAUGAUGCACUAGGUGAUGAAGGGUUAGGGCCAAUAACUGCCGAAGCAUCGACAAGCAAACAGAACACAUCUGCGACACAGCUAGCUCAGAGGCCGUCGAAUCUUCUGUCUCCAUCCAAGGUCGAACCGCCUGACGCGAGAGCCGAAGACCAGGUGGUUAUAUCCGACCUAGAAGGAAGCAAAACUGCCGAUUGGAUACCUGAGAACGGUCUCGUAGAAGGCAGUUCGUCUAUUGGAGAUCAAGACAGGGCCAAGGAUACAUAUCCUCCACUGCCAUCCACAUUACCUCUAGGCUCUCCAACGCCGACUCCAGCACCAGAAGGUCGAACUAUUUGCAAACGCUCUAAAUCGUCAAACACGACCAAGAACGCAUCAGAGACAGACUCAGACGCCCCACCGAGGAAGAAGGCGAGGAGGGGUACGCCUGCGGAGCCACGUCCUAGCGCCGUCAAGGAGCGGAGUAAGGUUUUCGAAGAGCUGGAAUUCAAACCCCAGCCAUCGUUCGCGAAGACCAGACGUGGUGCGGUCAAUGCAGAGAAGGAGAUCACUUUUAUGGACGAGGCGGAUGAAGAAUCGCAGAGCAUGAUUUUGAGUAGUGAUACGGAGAUGCGAUGUUCUGAUCACGAAGGCGACGAUACCGGUAUGGAAGGGCACUACAGCGACGUUGAGGUUCCAGUGACACUCAGCAAGUACGUUCCUCCAGUUGAAGAAGUCCCCAGCAUAUCAAAAUCCAGACAAAAUGUCUCCCACCGUGAGCUUCAAGGUCUCAGCUCAACUCAAUACCGAGAUCGCCCUUCAAACGCGAAGCGAGACAUGAUACCUAUCUCACGGCAGCUUUUCAAGCUGGACAGACUGGGUAAGCUCAGGCCACGUGCGAAAGCUUUCGAACAAUCACCAGCCGUUCGCGGCAACGACCACGACUCAUUCGUCUCUGUUGAAGGUAGCGGUGCUACUGUUAGUACCCUGGAGAUGGACAAACCUCCCAUGGCAGAGCCUAAAGCUACUCCAGAGCUGAUGGAGAAGCAAGAGAACUCCAAAGCAUUAGUAAUGGUUGUCAUGGAGGGUCCCGAUGCUCGUCCUGCAAAGAGACAAGAGAAUGAACCUAUGGAAGACGAAGAGGAAGAGGAAGGAUUAUUUCCAGCAUCCAAGAUAGACACAGCAAAGCCUGCUCCAUUACCAGCACUUACCACGCCUCCAAGAGGACUCUUCACGAACGCUCGCAGAGUAACGAGAACACGGAACGCUGACCAGAACGGGGACGUCAAGCCGACGGCCGAAGAUAAUCCUAAUAUAGACAAUAGUGGUUCACGCGAUGAUGAUUCAUCGUCUGGAAUUAGCGAGCCUGGAGACGUUGAAGACCUUUCAGAAGAGCAAAGUAUCCCCUUCGAAGACGCACAAGAGACCAUUGAGACGCCUUACAAAGAUGAUGAAGCUGAUGAAGACUACUCCGAUACUUCCGCUCCAGUUAGUAAGAAGCCCAAGCUUGAGAGAAAGUCCUCAAUGCUGGGCAAUCAAUCGCUCAGUCGAACAAACUCCCGCAAGGAUAUACCAGCAUCCAGUGUUGCUUCCUCUAAAGCCGCACCAGCCACGAACAAAUACGGUUUCAAGCCAUCUCCAAAAGACGCACGAACACCACGAACACGGGCAUGGUGUAAGGCAGCUGUGAGUUCUGCAGCGCCCACUCCUCUGGUGUCAAAACCAGUACCCGCCCCGAAGGCCAGGGUACCCCCGAAGCGUAAAGCGAAGACCACCUGUGGUAAAACAAAGGCAGAUAUGAAAGAGCAUGAGGAAGCGUUACCCUUCGUAUCCGAUAUCACAGCGAAAGGCAAGGCCAAAAGGUCUACCUCCGUAGCUACGGCUACUUCCGGACUAUCAAACCAGCCUUCUGUACGUAAAACGCGUCAUGCGUCCGCGAUGGAAAAUCAGAGCAGAACCGCGCGAAGAGAAGAGAGCAAAGUGGUGGAAGAUAAAACCAAGGCUGCAGGAAAGGCAAGGCACGGCAGAAAGGUUUAA